AUGAGAAUCCACACUGGUGAAAAACCGUAUUCUUGCGAUUGCUGUCCAAUGGUAUUUGCUCAAGCAUCAGACUUAAAGAAACACAUGAGAAUCCACACUGGCGAAAAACCGUAUUCUUGCGAAUGUUGUUCAAAGGCUUUUUCUCAGACUUCAACUUUGAAACGACACAUGAGAAUCCACACUGGCGAAAAACCGUACUCUUGCGAAUGCUGUUCAAUGGCAUUUCCUCGGUCUUUACCUUUGAAAGAACACAUGAGAAUCCACAUUGGUGAAAAACGGCUUUCUUGCGAAUGUUGUUCGAAGACAUUUUCCCGAGAUUCAAAUUUAAAGCGACACAUGAGAAUCCACACUGGCGGAAAACCAUAUUCUUGCGAAUGCUGCUCAAUGGCAUUUUUUCGAGCCUCAAAUUUAAAGGAACACAUGAGAAUCCACACUGGCGAAAAACCGUAUUCUUGCGAUGACUGUUCAAGACUAUUUUCUCGAGCUCCAGAUUUAAAGCAACACAGGAGAAUCCACACUGGCGAAAAACCGUAUUCUUGCCAGUGCUGUUCAAAACCAUUUUCUCGAGCUUCAGAUUUAAAGAAACACAUGAGAAUCCACACUUCCGAAAAACCGUAUUCUUGCGAUUGCUGUUCAAUGGCAUUUUCUCUGUCUUCUUCUUUGAAACAACACAUGAGAAUCCACACUGGCGAAAAACCGUAUUCUUGCGAAUGUUGUUCGAAGGCAUUUUCUCAUUCUUCCGAUUUAAAGAAACACAUGAGAAUCCACACUGGUGAAAAACCGUAUUCUUGUGAACAUUGUUCAAUGUCAUUUUCUCAAUCUUCAAAUUUAAAGCAACACAUGAGAAUCCACACUGGUGAAAAACCGUAUUCUUGUGCAUGAUGUUCAAUGACCUUUUCUCAAUCUUCAAACUUAAAGCAACACAUGAGAAUCCACACUGGUGAAAAACCGUAUUCUUGUGCAUGAUGUUCAAUGACAUUUUCUCAAUCUUCAAAUUUAAAGCAACACGUCAGAAUCCACACUGGUAAAAAACCGUAUUCUUGUGCAUGAUGUUCAAUGACAUUUUCUCAAUCUUCAAAUUUAAAGCAACACAUGAGAAUCCACACUGGUGAAAAACCGUAUUCUUGUGCAUGAUGUUCAAUGACAUUUUCUCAAUCUUCAAAUUUAAAGCAACACAUGUGAAUCCACACUGGUGAAAAACCGUAUUCUUGUGCAUGAUGUUCAAUGACAUUUUCUCAAUCUUCAAAUUUAAAGCAACACAUGAGAAUCCACACUGGUGAAAAACCGUAUUCUUGUGCAUGAUGUUCAAUGACAUUUUCUCAAUCUUCAAAUUUAAAGCAACACAUGAGAAUCCACACUGGUGAAAAAUCGUAUUCUUGUGAAUAUUGUUCAAUGACAUUUUCUCAAUCUUCAAACUUAAAACAACACAUGAGAAUCCACACUGGUGAAAAACCGUAUUGUUGUAAAUGAUGUUAGAAAUCGUUUUUUCGCUGUUCAACUUUAUAGCAUCGCAUGAGAACCCACACUGUCGAAUAGUUAAUUCUUGGGAAUUCUUUUUGGAGGCGGUUUCGUGCUUCUGAUUUAUUGUAACGCAUGAAAUUCAUUAAGGGUGUUAAAGCAUUUUUGUGACCGUCUCCCAAAUGCAUUUUCCGAUUCUUCACUGACGAAAAACCGUAUUCUUCUAAAUGUUGCUCAGAAGCAGUUCCUAAAUCCUCUUAGAGCUGCCCAUAAGAGCCUUCUCUGAUGGCCCUCCUGUUUGAAAGUAAUCAUAAAUCAUAAUUAGUCUGUCUUGGGUUUCACAAUUCCUUACUUUUGUAUGAUAUCCUAUUAUUUGAAAGAAAAAUUCUAGCAUUGAACACAAGCUUGCGCCAAACAUGGCACGUGAUUUCAACCCUUUCCGUCUUGUAGUUUUUCGAAUUGAUAUGAAAAAUUUGAUGUGGUUUUAAUUAACCAUUCAAUUAACUUGUGGAGUAUAACUUUGAUUUAACGAUACCCGAUUUAAAGAUUUCCCCAAUUUGAUGUUACAUUUCACUGGUCUGGAUUUGAUUGCAUUGAAUGUCUACGCUUGUUAAAUUGGGGUUACACUGUAUUUAUUUUUUGUAAGUUGUUUAAGUUAUUUGUG